UGGUCAGGCGAAUUAGGUGCGCAGCACUACGGCGGUGACGUUCUGUGCGCGGUUUCGCACAGCAAAAUACACUCGCCAACGAAAUACUGACGUGCUAAUUCGAAAGCGAUCUCGUUAGAUGCUGGUGCUAAUUUGGUGCGCUGAUGCCGUGCGUGCAGUGUCAAUGUUCAAAUAAGGAAGCAGAUCGAUCUUUCCCAAAGUUCAUAACAUCACAAAAAACACACACACACAUAGCAACUUUAAACAAAGGUGACAGCUAUAUUCAAACACCUCAGUGAUCUUUCGAAUGUGCAGGACAACGACGCACAGCUUGCAAACGACAAAAAAAUGCUAGUGGAAAUUCUUUUUAGUUCUUGUUUCUCUAUCUUAUCAUCCAACGAAGAAUAGGACAGGAGGAAUAAGGUUAAGUCAAAGAGAACAAAAAAUUGGAAUACAAAAUAUGCUGCGGCAUGUGUAAACUACGAGGCUGACAGCACGGUGUUUAGAGUGAUAUGGUGGAGCGCAAAAAAGUGAAUCAAAUGACGAGAGAAAAAGGAAAACGAGAAACAUCGCGAGCGAAGGAGCACGAGAGUGAAACGGACAACGGUGAAUGAUAGAUCGAUCGAUAGACAAGGCAAAAUCCAACCGAUCGCAACGCAACGCGAAGCCUCGGAAGCGUCAGUCUAUGAAUUGAUUAUCCUGGGGCGUGACGAAUGCGCCAGUGUGUGCUUUCACUGAAAUAUUUUGUGCGCUUUCAUGUGUCGGUUACGGAUGAUGCGGUUUAGUUCCCGUGGCGAGUGCUUUUAUUUAUCUUUGUUUGAUUUUGUGACAAUUUCCCCAACCUGCCACUCUUACGUUCCCGAUGCUCCACGCGACUGAAGUACAAAAUAAAAAUGUUUGACAAAAGCACGGUUAGCAUGGUGCAGUGCAUCUACCACCCAGUGCCGCAACGGGGAAGAAAGUGAAGUAAAACAAACACAAAACGCACGCGCUUGGUUGCAGGCUUUUGCUUGCUGCACGUUUGCUGGCAAAGCGUGUGUAAAGUCGACAUUACUAAGUUGUUUCAUGAUUGUGAUUAUUAAUUGGUGAUAUUUUGGAAACCUCCACACCUGGCGUGAAAUAAGUGCGAGGUUGAGAGGAGCCAUUUACGAGCGCUUAUGUGUAGUGACAAUUGUUAAUAAGGCAAUAUUUGUUUCAUCACGAUUUCACCGACUUACGUUUGGCAGAUUCAUCUCGGGCUCUUGACUGCAGCAACACAUACACACACGCACACAAGAAUGCUAACGGAUCCCAAAAUGAGGUCCACACUUGGUCUGAUGGGUAGCGAUGAAAAUGCCAUCAAGCAAGAACUGAUCGACCCACUGGAGGCUACCGUCCAUAGUAACCACCACCAUCAUCAUCACCACCACCAUCACCAUCCUACGUUGGAAGAACGGCUGCGACUGGAUUCAAAGAGCCUCCCUCACAACGAGCUGACCAGUGAGCCAGUGAAUGGACUCGGCGUACCGGGCAGUUGUCCACGGCCGGGAGCGCUCCUGUAUCCAGCACAAACCACGCAAAACAAACAACCUCUGCAAGGAUUCGAUCAGAUCUGGGGUCCCUCACGUUCGGAUAUGAACCAACGGCUACAUGCGUCCGUCGGUGGGAUGAGCCAUUAUUGGCCACCGUAUGACAGCCAACCCGCAUGUCCUACUCCGACGACACCAGGUGAUCCUCCGCAAGACACACCAGGUCCCGAUGGACAGAUUUACACGCUUACCGUACUCCACGAGUCACCAGAACACGGGAUUGUUUGGUCCGAUUCGAACGCCCUAGACUCUCCUGUCCCACUUGCUCCCGACAUUACCGAAACGAAUGCUACGUUCGAAUCAGCAGUAGAUUGCUUCAACUUUGAUAAUGCUAAUUACGAUCUGGCGGAUUAUUAUGCCCCCAAGCCUUCAGUACAACAACACCAUCAGCAACAACAGACCAACGUUUCGUUGAUGGGUUCCUCAUCAGCACCGUCGAUCAGUGAUCAUCUUUCCCAACCCGCCACUGCCAUCAACCUACAUAACACAGUGGAAGGAUUACUAAACGAGAUACAACUUUCGAGCUUUGGCGAUCGAAGCUCGAUUGGACCGAGUAACGAUAUAACGUUGCAAACUUCGGGCCACAGUCUCUACAAUGAGCCAUCGUCGUAUCUUUACGAUGGAUUCUCCGUAACCGAUAGUUCCUCCACAACUCAUCAUCACCAAGCCAUGCUUCCGACGCUUCCGGAGUCCCCCACAGCGCUCACAACUCCAACCACUAGCUCAAUCACCGUCGUGGGCAAAUUGGACACUAACAACAAUAGCAGUAGCUGUCCGUUGGCAGAAAUCAAUCCUCUUCCAUCGAAUCAAAUCAAUAACAACAAUGGCACGAGUUCCAGCAGUAGUUCAAGCAGCAGUUCGAGCAGUAGUAGUUCGAGCAACGACUCAAUUACCACAGGCGGUAAUGGUGGACAGAAGCGAGGUCGCUCGCUACACUACUGUUCGAUCUGUUCGAAAGCGUUCAAGGACAAAUAUUCGGUUAACGUGCACGUGCGAGUGCAUACGGGCGAAAAACCGUUCUCCUGCUACCUGUGUGGAAAAAGCUUCCGUCAGAAGGCACACCUCGAAAAGCACUACCAGACGCACCUGCAUCAGAAGAAUCUCACGAAGCGACCGAAGCCGGUCAAGGUGAAACAAGAGGCACAACAACAGCAGCAGCAGCAGUUGCAACAGGCAUUGGAACAACAUCUCCAGCAGGAACCCGAUCCUGGAUUACUGCUAAGCCCGGUGAAAGUGAUAGGCAAUUGCUGACGUGCGUCGUCAUAGGUCUUAGAUAUGUUAGGCAACAUCGUAUGCUAUACAAGUGCCGCAAGUAGUUAGCGAUCUGGAUGCCUUGUAAAAAGAUGUUUUAAGUAAGCCACUAAGCGCCAAAAAACGUGCUAACGAUGAUGUACAAGAGUACACGCAAUAAGAAAGUUUAGCACGAGACAGAUAGGUCGGAAAGGAAGCGGCGAAACUAUACGUAAAUGUUUUCAUUAUUAUUUAUUACCACGAACAUUCAAACGAUCCCGAACCGAACACGAUUCUUUAUCUUCAAA